AUGAAUAGUAAAUCAAAAUUUAAAACAUUAAUUAUUAUUGAUCUUGAAACAACUGGUUUAAUAUAUGAUGAGCCUAAAAUUACUGAAUUAGCAAUGAUUGCUGUAAAUAUUGCCACAUUGGAAGAAAUGAAAGCUGAUGAAGAAUUACCUCGAAUAUUAAAUAAAUUUGUUAAAUUUUUUGAUCCAAUAAAAUUAUUACGUAGUUCAGUAGCUGAAUUGACUGGUUUAAAUAAUCGUAUGUUGAUAGAUUAUGCACCAUUUAAUCGUGAAACAGUUAUUGCAAUGGAAGCUUUUCUAAGUGAUUUUCAAAAGCCAAUGUGUUUUGUUGCACAUAAUGGUAAUUUGUUUGAUUUUCCCAUUUUAUUCAGUGAAAUUAAAUCUGCACUAUCCAGUCCUUCAUUUUAUGCUAAUACUACAACUACUAAUCAUAAUAACAAUAAUAAUAAUAAUAAUAAUAAUAAUAAUGAAUGUAUUUCUGAAACGAAUACAACUAUUGCAAAUGAUAAUAUAUCUUUAGCUUCUCUUACAACAAAAGAUUCAUCUAUACAAACAAUAACAACAACUGAUGAUUAUAAUCAAACUUCAUUAUUAUCUAUUGAAUGUGCUGAUUCGCUUGUUUUCUUUCGAGAAAUACAUCGAUUACUUAAUGAUAAAGAUCUAGUUCAAUAUACCAUUGAAAAUAUUUCAUCAGAAUCUUCUGUCAUAUCUAAUCAAAAUGAAUCUCAAAAAAAUUUAUCCAUUAAUUCAAAUGAAUUAAUAACAUCUCCCAAUCAUAAUUCAUCAUCUCAUCGUGGAUAUGUUGAAAUACCUAUUAAAUAUAUUCCUUCACAAGAUCCAAUACGACAACAAUUAUCAAUGAAACUUAGUAAAAUUUAUGAACGAGAAUUUAAUCAUAAAACAUCUCAAUAUAAAUAUCAUCGUGCUGAAGAUGAUUGUUUAAUGCUUUUAGCUAUUUUAAAACGUUAUCUACCAGAUUGGCUUGAAUGGAUAGAAUUAAAUAAUCAACCAUUAAGUCAUUUUUCUUCUUUACCAUUUACAUCAAAAAAACAAACUUUAUCAAAACCUAUUGAAAAUAAAAAACGGCCAUUGAAAUUUUAA